UUAAAUGAAUUCUCAUCAACUAUUGGUGUUCACGAAAUUCAGGACAAAACUUGUAAUAAUACUCAAUAUUUUUCUUUGCAGAAUAGUAUACAUAAUGGUGUUUAUCCGGGACACUAUAGAUAUCUUUGGAUAUUGAUGGGACUUAUUACUGCCUUUCAUUGGAAGGGAUAUGUGUUACCUUUCAAUAUUGUGAAUAAAAUAUUAGAUUUCUUUCCUAGCUCUACAACGUCGUGGCAACUCGCAGCAUGCUUCCUAACGUCUUUAAUAUAUUGGUUGACUGCAAUUUACAUCCUCCGUUACAUUUUGAAACUACUGUUUAUGUACAAAGGUUGGAUGUAUGAAUCAAGGGCCAGGGGAAGUAAACCAUCCCUUCAAACGCAGAUUUGGUUGGCUCUCGUAAAAUUAUUCAGUGGUUGGAAUUCUCCUAGAUUGUAUAGUUAUCAAGGUUCAUUGCCUAGAUUGCCCCUUCCAUCUGUUCAUGAUACUAUGACGAGAUAUUUACGUAGCGUAAAACCACUUCUUGAUGAAGAGAAAUACGACAAAAUGGAAAAAUUAGCAGACGAAUUCGAAAAUGGCAUAGCAAGCAAAUUGCAGCGUUACCUCAUUUUAAAAUCGUGGUGGUCAACUAAUUACGUUUCUGAUUGGUGGGAAGAGUAUGUAUAUCUUCGAGGAAGAUCCCCUAUCAUGAUUAAUUCAAAUUUCUAUGGUAUCGACGCACUAUUACUCAACCAUACUCAGAGUCAGGCUGCAAGAGCUGCAUCAACAAUUUAUUCCUUGCUGGUAUUCAGACGAUUAGUAGAAAGGCAGGAACUGGAACCAAUUUUAGUUCAAGGACUUGUUCCUCUGUGUUCGUGGCAGUACGAAAGAAUUUUCAAUACAACAAGAAUACCUGGUAGAGAGACCGACAAAAUAAUCCACUGGAUGGACUCCAACCACGUAGUAGUAUAUCACAAAGGAAGAUACUUCAAGGUUGUUAUUUACAAAGGAAGAAUUCUGAAACCUUGUGAAAUACAAGUACAAAUGCAACAAAUUCUAGAUGACCAAUCAGAACCUUUGCCAGGAGAAGAAAAGUUAGCUGCCUUAACAGCUGGCGAAAGGACGCAUUGGAACAUUGUGAGAUCGAAAAUGUUCAACAAGGGUGUUAAUAGAACGUCCUUGGAUAUCAUUGAAAAAGCUGCAUUUGCAGUUACUUUAGAUGAUUUCCCUUAUGAAUUUGACAUGAAUGAACCUUCGAAAUUAGAUAAAUAUGGAAGAUAUUUGUUACACGGUAAAGGAUAUGACAGGUGGUUCGAUAAAUCAUUCAAUUUAUGUAUAGGAAGUAACGGCCGAAUCGGUUUCAAUGCAGAACACUCAUGGGCAGAUGCAGCUGUGAUGUCUCACGUGUGGGAGUGGGUGUUGACAUCUGAAUCCUGGGAAGUCCGAUUUGAUGAGAAGGGAAAUACUACUGGCGAACCAGAAAUUUCUCCUCCAGUACCUUCCCGUCUCAACUGGGAACUCAAAUCUGAUGCGCAAGAAGCCAUUGAAAAAUCUCUCAAAUUAGCUAACGAGCUCAUCGACGACAUUGAUCUUCGUAUACUUGUUCAUGACCAUUACGGAAAAGGGUUUAUGAAGACUUGCAAAGUUAGUCCCGAUGCUUAUAUCCAAAUGGCCCUUCAGUUAGCUUACUAUAGGGACGCAGGCAAAUUUUGUUUGACAUAUGAGGCCACCAUGACGAGACUGUACAGGGAGGGCCGCACGGAAACACUACGUCCACUUUCACUUGAAUCUGCAGCGUGGGUCAAGGCUAUGGAAGAUGGAAAAACUUCAACUGAAGAAAAAAUCAGAUUACUCGGAGUAGCUUGUCGAAAACAUCAGGCUGGAUAUCAAGAUGCAAUGUGUGGCAAAGGUAUAGAUAGACACCUCUUCUGCCUUUAUGUUGUUUCCAAAUAUUUGGAAGUUGACUCUCCUUUCCUCAAAGAGGUUCUAAGCGAACCUUGGAGACUCUCCACUUCUCAGACACCACACGGACAAACUACUCGGUUUGACUUGAAGAAACAUCCCAACUGCAUUUCUGCUGGUGGUGGAUUUGGUCCAGUGGCUGAUGAUGGUUACGGUGUCUCUUACAUAAUUGCUGGUGAAGAUUUGCUGUUUUUCCAUGUAUCCAAUAAGAAGAGCUGUCCAACUACGGAUUGCCACAAAUUCGCCAAAAAGAUAGAGGAGGCUCUAUCUGACAUGAAGCAAAUGUUUCUGGAUUACAGAUCUCAGAAAGAGAAAUGAUAAAUUCAAUGCACGGGUUUAUUUUGUGGUCCACUAAGGCAAAUGACUAUAUCAAGAUAAACCUUAUUUUUUUAGUUUAGGAGUACCAUUUAAUAGUUGAUUGUUAUGCAAGAAUCAAUGCAAAUAUAUGUAUCUAGUAUUAUUUCUCUAAACAUUGUUGAAAAUCUGUUGUUAACGGUAUUUUAGGGUUUUUUUUGUACUUGUUGUACUUUAUUUUUUGUCCAAUAAACAAAUGUCCCAGGAAAAGUUGAA